CCAAUGGAACAUGGGCUGAUCGCUCCGACUACUCAAAUUGCCGACCUCUUCUUAAUGGCAUUAAUACAACAAAGAUUGAUGAAACCAUGUUGUGCUACAUCGGAUAUUCUCUGUCUUUUGCUGCACUUACAGUGGCUAUCUGGAUAUUUUCAUUUUACAGGGAUCUCAGGUGCUCAAGAAAUACGAUUCACGUCAAUCUGAUGGUAACAUAUCUGCUCAUCUCAAUUACAUGGAUUAUAACAGCAAGUUUGCAGUCUCAGCAAUGGCCGAGUUUUCAAACGGUGAGCGCAGCGUGCUUCCUGUACAUCGUGUUGACAUACCUGAUGGGAACAAACUUCUUUUGGAUGUUCGUCGAGGGACUAUAUCUCUACAUUCUUGUGGUCAAAACUUUCUCUGUGGAUGCUGUGCGAAUGCACGUCUAUGUGUUCAUUGGGUGGGGUAUACCGGCUCUAAUUGUUUGCGUUUGGGCAUUAACAAAAGCCUACUUAAGCCCAAAUCACAAUGACCCAAACUUGGCUGAGGGAAUGUGCAUAUGGCAGCUUCGGGAUAUUUAUGACUGCAUAUUUAUUGCACCUGUCAUGUUAGUACUUCUGAUGAACAUCAUAUUCCUUGGGGGGAUCAUGUGGGUGCUCAUAACAAAACUAAAAGCAGCUACUACGGCAGAAUCGCAGCAGUACAGAAAAGCUGCCAAGGCGCUGCUGGUCCUUAUACCUCUCCUUGGAGUCACGUACAUUUUGGUCAUCUGGAAGCCCACUCAGAAAGAAGCUCGAGCGAUUUUCACUUACCUUCAAGUUGCACUUCUUCCGACCCAGGGCUUCACAGUCGCUGUGCUAUACUGCUUUAUGAAUGGAGACGUGCGCAAAGCUGUCCGGCAUCACGUCGAGCAAUGGCAGACUAUGCGAGCCGUUAAGAAGAGCAACGGCCGCCGCCGGUCCAGCACGUAUAAGUUCGGGGAACCCGUCUCCUCGCGCAAGCGAGGCAGCGCCGUCAGUUUUACGACGACCACCACGCUGCUCGGCAGCAACCGAUUCUACUCCUCGUGGAAGAGGCACAGCACCUCGUCUUCUGGAACGGUCGGGCUCAAAGACGAUAUCGUGUGACGGCUCAAAUGGUCAAUGAAGAUGGGAUAUAAGCUCUUGAGGAGUGCCGCUCCUCU